GUUCUUUUCUUGAUUAAUAACCGCUUGAAUUGAACUCCAAUCAAACCAAUUGCCUAAAGAACUAAACACAAUGGCCUCUACUGAAGGAAAAACCAUCACUUGUAAAGCUGCUAUCGCUUGGGAACCAAAGAAACCACUCUCCAUCGAGGAGAUUGAGGUUUUGCCACCAAGAGCUCAUGAGGUUAGAAUCAAACUCGACUACUCCGGUGUUUGUCACACUGACGCUUACACCUUGUCUGGUCUUGACCCAGAAGGUGCCUUCCCAGUCAUCUUGGGUCACGAAGGUGCCGGUAUUGUUGAGUCUGUCGGUGAAGGUGUCACCUCUGUGAAGGUUGGUGACUCUGUCAUUGCCCUUUACACCGCCGAGUGCCGUGAGUGUAAGUUCUGUAAGUCUGGCAAGACCAACUUGUGUGGUUCCGUUAGAGCUACCCAAGGUAAGGGUGUGAUGCCAGAUGGUACCUCAAGAUUCAGACACAAGGCUACCGGUAAGGAGAUCUUGCACUUUAUGGGCUGUUCCACUUUCUCCCAGUACACCGUUGUCGCUGAUGUUUCUGUUGUCGCUGUUAACCCAGAGGCUCCAAAGGAUGUUACCUGUUUGUUGGGUUGUGGUGUCACCACUGGUUACGGUGCUGCUAUCAACACCGCCAAUGUCCAAGAAGGUGACACCGUUGCCGUCUUUGGUGCUGGUAUCGUUGGUCUGUCCGUUGUCCAGGGUGCUGCAUCCAGAAAGGCUUCCAAGAUCAUUGUCGUUGAUAUCAACGAUGACAAGAAGGCUUGGGCUGACAAGGUUGGCGCUACUGACUUUGUCAACCCAACAAAGCUUUCCGAAGGUCAAACCAUUGUGGACAAGCUUAUCGAGAUGACCGAUGGUGGUCUCGACCACACCUUUGACUGUACUGGUAACGUCAAGGUUAUGAGACAAGCCCUCGAAGCUUGUCACAAGGGCUGGGGUCAAUCCAUCAUCAUUGGUGUUGCUGCUGCUGGCCAAGAGAUCUCCACAAGACCAUUCCAACUGGUCACUGGUAGAGUCUGGAAGGGUUCUGCUUUCGGUGGCGUCAAGGGUAGAACUCAACUCCCAACCUUUGUUGAGGACACCAUGAACGGUAAGCUCAUGGUUAAGGAAUUCAUCACCCACAGACAAACCUUGCCACAGAUCAACGAGGCCUUUGACGACAUGCACAAGGGUGAAUGUAUCAGAGCCGUUGUUGACUUGCACAACAUUUAACUAGCCGAGCCUCGCCAAAGUCAUCUGUGAUGAGCCCGUGGUCCGAGAGGCACAACCCUACAUUUAUGUAAUUAAAAACAAAGAACAGAAUGCACCUU